AGGGUAGACCUGAGAGAGAUACCUGAGAGAGACCUGGGAGAGAGGGAGAGACCUGGGAUAAAGGGAGAGACGAGAUUGGGAGAGAUCUGGGACAGAGAGGCAGACCCGAGACGAGACACGCAUAAGGAUAAGGAAGGAAGAGGGAAAAACCUGGGACAGAGGGAGAGAAAGACUUAGGAUAGGUAUAGAAAGAGGGAGGGACUGGGGAAAGAACAGUAAUUGAUACAAAGGUCUAGACAGAGAAGAUACCUAGGACAGGGACAGGAAAAGCCCUAGACGUGGGAGAGGAGAUAUCUGGGACGAAGAGGUAGAGCUCUGGGAUAGGUAGAAGAGGCGUGAGAAAGGGAGGAAGAAAACCUGGGUCAGAAAGAGGAGAUUCCUGGGAUAGAGAGGCCUAUGACGAGAGAUUACAUAGUUGGCCCAACAGUUUUCUGAGGAAUAACAAGCUAAGGCUAAUAUUCAGGUUCGCGUUUUAAUUAGCAGUGGGUUGGAUAUUGUAUAUUGGUCUCAGAGCUUGUACCAGUAUGUCAGUACCAUUUUCCAACACCACUCUCCGAAUUCCCCGUGGCUUUGGGAACUUGUUGGAGGGGCUGUCCAGAGAGGUGCUGAGGGAUCAGCCAGCUGACAUCGUAGGGUUCGCUGCCGCCUAUUUUGAUGAUCUGCUCAAAAAGAGAAUCGCCACUGGUAUGGACCCUGCAGAUUGGGCAGCACAAUUAGAGGAUCGAUUCUACAACAACCAUAUAUUCAAGGAAAAACGAUCAAUUAUACCUGAAAAUGAACCAAAAGCUGCUCCCGUGACGAUUGAUACAGCAUUCCAGGAUAAAGAUAAAGGUUCAGAUGACCUGGCAGAGCCUUUGGAGGGACUGCAAAAAAUAUGCAUAAAGAAGCCAGCCCAUUUCACAUCAAUUUCCCAAGACACUAUUUCUAUGAUGCUACAGGAUAAGGUAACGCGCGCAAAACAAUAUCGAGAAGAUGCCACCACAGAUGUCAAGACAGUUCCAGUGGAGGAAAUAUCCCAAGAGUUAGUUGGGUCCGCACCAGAACAAGGCGUUUCAGACACCACAAAGUUGACUGAUGAGGCCUCUGUGGAAGUUCCAAUAGAAGCCACCACAUCUCCGAUAAUGGCAGCAGGUCCAGAAGAAAGUUCUUUGGAAGUCACCACUUCUCAGGCGGCUGCAGUAGCCCCAGAAGGAAGUCCUGGUGAAAUAACUGAGACUCAACCAAUCACAGAAGCAUCAGUACCAGGAGAAAUUGAAGACACUGCAUCUGAAUUUGUUGCAGAUGCAUCGAAUCGAGGUGCUUUGGAAGAAACAACCUCGCAGGUGAUUGCAGCACCAUUAGAAGGAGAGUCAAAAGAAGAUGAAUCUACUCAAAUGAUUGCAACAACAUCAGCACAAGACGAAAAAAUUCCAUCCUCUGAGGAACCAAGUGCGGACACACAUUUAAAUGAAGAUAAGGCUGCAGUGAUCAUACAGUCAGCAUAUAGAGGUUACUCUACAAGGAAGACAAAGAAAGAAACGGCAACCCCUCCACCUGAUGAAGCUGAUGGUGACUUAUUUACAGAAGCAUAUCCAGGUACAGAUGGAAUUGAUUACAGCUCGGGAGAAGAGCUGGCAUUUACUGAAGAAGAAAAUACCAAUGUCGAAGAAGGCGUGGAGAUAACCCAUGAGGAAACUCAAAGCAGAAUGGAAACCAGUAGCCUCCAUUCAACAGUGAAGGAUGGCACUACAGAGACUAACAUUUGCGCUGCAGAGCUUGGCUCCCCAAUAGGGGUAGUAAACAUUACUGCAGAUGCAGACAUCUGUAGAUCAGAACUCCAGUCAGUCAUGAAAGAAGACAAUAAAAGGGAGCCAGACAUGGCCACUGAGAUGGCUGGACAUGACAUCUGUGAGACUGAGUUGGAUCAGAAAGAUGUCUUUGAGGCUACAUCUGGUAGCACUGCGAAUGUUGAUACUGAACCGGGCUUUGUAGAGAGAAAGGAUUCUAGCCACGAAGAUAACAAAAGCAAUGAGAUUGAUAUUAAAUCCCAGGAUGAACCUGCAGAUAACACAGUAGAAGAGGCAGCACACCAGCAUGAGGUUAGUGGAGUGCUGACUGAUAGCCAAGAUCAGGAAAAUGUAGAUCAGAAACACACUGAAGUUAUUACAGAGGCUGAUCUCGCAGGUAAUGGCAAUCCAUCCACAGAGGAGAGCCGGAGUGCUGAGGAAGGCAGCAAUAUAGGGGAAUAAAUAUUCACGUUCCGUAGUCCAUUAUUAGAGGCAAGUAUAACUUUGAAAUAUCUGGGCUAUCGUUGAUGAAAAGACAAAAUAUUAAUAAGUAUAAUCAAAAUCUGUAGAUGGCAGAUCUGAAUUUGCUGGUGAGGUGUUUGCAUGUUCACAGUAUGACUGUGUUACCAAAGAUGCUGCUGGUAAAUGAAUUGGCUGUUGCAAAUUACUCUGAGUGCAGAUGAAAGGCAGUAGGAUCAGUCGGGAGUUGGAUUUGUGAAUGAGAAUAGAUUAUAGGGAAUUAAAGUUCCUGGAUUGACCAAGACAUCCUUAUAGCUCCUCCCUGUGUAUGAAAUUAUGAUAUAUUGUGAUAAACCAUCGAGUGCCUGAUUUACCUUCCUAACCAUUAUGUUAAUGGUGCCUGUCUGAUAUUGUACCUGCUUUCCAAUAGUCAUCUUCAUCUCUCGUUAAAUAGCCCUGACUUUACUCUACUCUUUUCAAAAAGUACAAUCACAUCUCCAGCUUAACCUUUCCAUCCAGUGUUGUAAAACAUACUACCCAGAUUCAUGCCCAUGUCUCUCUCGAUCUUUUUUUUUUCAUUUCCUCUAUUCGUUAUCUGGCAUUGCCAAUGUACUGAAAAUCUCUGCAUACCUCUGAUCUGAAUUACCUUCAUUAUCAAGUCAAGAGUGUUCAAUUGUCACAUGUGUCAGAAAACAAUGACAUUCUUACUUGCUGCAGCUUUACUGGUGCAUUAAAUGCAACAACACAACAAACAAAUAUACAAUAAAGUAUUAAUUCAUUCAUCAUUUAUUCUAGGUAAACUGGACCAAGCUAAAUGUGCAAGGCCACGGAUAGUCAGAGAGGUGUCAAUUUUGCUUGAUGUUAGGUCUAUGUUCUGGAAUAUCAUUGCAAACAUGUGGCCUACCUGAUCUAUCACACAGGUGUACCACUUAAGCAUGCUGGUGAUUUAAUUUCAAUUAAACUGAUUGUUAAGGAAAGUUGGACAUUUACUAUAGGGGUCAUGGAGCCAUGCUUUCCUUCCAGUUCCUUGGAGCUUCAGUCCAUUGAUGGCGUGAGACAUUUGGACA